AUGUCGCCACCGAAAACUGCUUUGCUCAUUCUGGCCGAUGGAGCAGAAGAGAUGGAAGCAGUCAUCAGUACUGAUGUUCUGAGGCGUGGAGGAGUUGAAGUGACUAUUGCUGGUCUGAAUGGAGCUGGAACGGUAACGUGCGCUAGAAAGACAAAGAUUACUCCGGAUGCUGCACUGAAGGACGUACAGUCGAAAACGUUUGACGUUGUAGUUCUACCUGGAGGUCAGCCGGGCAGUAACUCAUUGGCUGCGGUACGUACCAUCCAUGUAUUAGAUAAAGAGGACCCCGGAGUGUAA